CGUCACAUGAGGGCGACACACAUCUUUGUCAGUGAACAAAAUGGCGUCUUACUGUUUGACUGUCACCAGACUGCGGCUGGUCCUCGGAAGUGGGGCGAGGCGUUUUCAUGUCUGCGCGGCCUUCAGCGCCAAGGCCAAGGUGGCCAUGAGCCGCUUUGAGCCCAACAGCACCGUGAACUAUGAGAAGAUGCACGAGAACAUCAACAUCGUGCGCCAAAGGCUCGGCCGUCCUCUCACUCUGUCGGAGAAGAUCGUGUACGGUCACCUGGACGACCCGGUGGGGCAGGAUAUCGCCCGCGGCAGCACCUACCUCCGCCUGCGCCCCGACCGCGUGGCCAUGCAGGACGCCACGGCUCAGAUGGCCAUGCUGCAGUUCAUCAGCAGCGGUCUGCCCAGGGUGGCCGUGCCCUCCACCAUCCACUGCGAUCAUCUGAUCGAGGCUCAGAUCGGAGGGGUGGAGGACCUGCAGAGGGCCAAGGAAGUAAACGAGGAGGUGUACAACUUCCUUGCCUCCGCUGGAGCCAAAUACGGAGUCGGCUUCUGGAAACCCGGAUCAGGAAUCAUCCAUCAGAUCAUCCUGGAGAACUAUGCGUACCCUGGAGUGAUGCUGAUUGGUACAGACUCCCACACUCCCAAUGGCGGUGGCCUCGGCUCCAUCUGUAUCGGAGUGGGUGGAGCGGAUGCUGUGGACGUCAUGGCAGGAAUCCCCUGGGAGCUCAAGUGUCCCAAUGUGAUUGGAGUGAAGCUGACGGGAAGUUUGUCUGGAUGGACCUCACCGAAGGAUGUGAUCCUGAAGGUGGCCGGCAUCCUGACUGUGAAGGGCGGCACCGGAGCCAUCGUGGAGUAUCACGGGCCUGGAGUGGACUCCAUCUCCUGCACAGGAAUGGCCACAAUCUGUAACAUGGGCGCUGAGAUCGGAGCCACUACGUCCGUUUUCCCCUACAACCACCGCAUGAAGACGUACAUGGAGAAAACAGGCCGUGGAGAGAUCGCUGUGUUGGCCGAUCAGUUCAAAGAAGACUUGGUUCCAGAUAACGGCUGUGAAUACGAUCAGGUCGUUGAGAUCAACCUGAGCGAGUUGAAACCCCACAUCAACGGGCCCUUCACCCCCGACCUGGCCCACCCUGUGUCUGAAAUCGGGGCCACGGCUAAGAAGAGCGGCUGGCCCCUGGAGGUGAAAGUCGGUCUGAUUGGCAGCUGCACCAACUCCAGCUACGAGGACAUGGGCAGGGCGGCUUCUCUGGCCAAACAGGCUCUGGAUAAAGGUCUGAAGUGCAAAGCCCAGUUCACCGUCACCCCCGGCUCAGAGCAGAUCCGCGCCACCAUCGAGAGAGACGGAUAUUCUAAGAUCCUGCGUGAUGUUGGUGGUGUUGUCCUCGCUAAUGCUUGUGGACCCUGCAUCGGUCAGUGGGACAGGAAGGAUGUGAAGAAGGGAGAGAAGAAUACUAUCGUCACGUCCUACAACAGGAACUUCACCGCCAGGAAUGAUGCUAACCCGGCUACUCAUGCUUUCGUCACCUCUCCUGAGAUCGUCACAGCCAUGGCCAUCGCUGGGACCCUCGACUUCAACCCAGAGACCGACUAUCUGACCGCCGCUAACGGAGAGAAGUUCAUGCUGGAGCCCCCCACCGGUGACGAGCUCCCCUCCAAAGACUUCGACCCGGGCCAGGACACCUACCAGCACCCCCCCGCCGACGGCGCCGCACUGACGGUGAUCGUGAGCCCCUCCAGUAACCGCCUGCAGCUGCUGGAGCCCUUCGACAGGUGGCACGGAAAAGACAUGGAGGAAAUGAGGGUCCUCAUCAAGGUGAAGGGGAAGUGCACCACGGACCACAUCAGUGCCGCCGGGCCCUGGCUGAAGUUCCGCGGCCAUCUGGACAACAUCUCCAACAACAUGCUGAUCGGAGCCGUCAACAUCGACAACGAGGCCAUCAACAAGGUGAAGAACCUGCUGACGGGAGAGUUCGGAGGAGUGCCUGACGUGGCCCGCCACUACAAGGCCAAUGGAGUGAACUGGGUGGUGGUUGGAGACGAUAACUACGGAGAGGGAUCCAGCAGAGAGCACGCCGCCCUGGAGCCUCGACACCUGGGAGGACGCGCCAUCAUCGUCAAGAGCUUCGCCAGAAUCCACGAGACUAACCUGAAGAAACAGGGCCUUCUUCCUCUGACGUUUGCCGACCCCAAAGACUACGACAAAAUCCGCCCCGACGACAAGAUCUCAAUCACUGGACUGAAGACCUUCGCUCCCGGCAAGCCCGUGACAGCAGUGAUCAAACACAGCAACGGCAGCCAGGAGUCGAUCACUCUGAACCACACCUUCAACAAGAAUCAGAUCGAGUGGUUCCAGGCCGGCUCCGCCCUCAACAGGAUGAAGGAGCUCCAGUAAUUGAUGAAGAGGAGGGAAGGAGGGGCCAGUAGGGGUCCAAUGAGGGGCCUUGGCUGGGGUUAAGAAGGGGAGAAACGUGGGCCUAGAGAGGGGCGAAGAGGAAGAUGGAUGGUAACCAGACUUUAGUUGGUUUAGGGACAACUGUAGUGAUGCUCAAUUAAAGAAAACUCAAACA